ACGGACCCGGAAGCGCCUCCCCCAGCCGGGUCCGCGGGCGCCGCCAUAUUGGCGUAUCCUGGGCGCCGCCAUAUCGCGCCCGCUGCGCUCCGCUCUGCCCGGCGUCGCCGCCCCAGCCCCAGCCAUGUCCGAGAGCUACGAUUUCCUCUUCAAGUUCCUUGUGAUAGGAAGUGCCGGUACUGGGAAGUCCUGUCUCCUGCAUCAGUUUAUAGAGAAUAAAUUCAAGCAGGAUUCCAACCACACGAUCGGAGUGGAGUUUGGGUCGAAGGUGGUUAACGUUGGUGGGAAAACGGUGAAACUGCAGAUCUGGGAUACGGCAGGACAAGAACGGUUUAGGUCGGUGACUCGGAGCUACUACCGGGGUGCUGCUGGGGCCCUGCUGGCGUACGACAUCACCAGCCGGGAGACCUACAACGCGCUGACCAACUGGCUGACGGACGCCCGGACCCUCGCCAGCCCCAGCAUCGUCAUCAUCCUCUGUGGGAACAAGAAGGACCUGGAUGCGGACCGGGAAGUGACCUUCCUGGAAGCCUCCCGCUUCGCACAAGAGAACGAACUCAUGUUCCUGGAGACCAGCGCGCUGACCGGGGAGAACGUAGAAGAAGCUUUCUUAAAAUGUGCCAGGACCAUACUAAACAAAAUUGAAUCAGGCGAGCUGGACCCCGAGAGGAUGGGCUCAGGAAUCCAGUACGGAGACGCCUCCUUGCGCCACCUGAGACAGCCCCGCGGGGCCCAAACCCAGAGCAAGCAGCCAUGCAGCUGCUAAGGGCGAAGGCCACCAGGAAUCUGUCUGCAGUGCGGGACCGUGGCCAGUCGGGCCCCCCGGGGCUCAAGCACUUUCUCUUCUCUUCCCAGGACCACGUGCCUCGCUCGUUGAGCCCCCUGCUUCCCGAGCCGCGCGCCCUCUACGAGCAGUGUGCUGCCCGCCCCUUCGGCACACGAGCCCUGGGAUUCUGGCAAACUGCCCGGUUGAUUGUAUGCAGCCACAGUGUCUUCUGUCGGAUGCUCCCUGCCCACUGCUCGUCCCCCUGAACCUGAGGCUGGCAUGGGCUCGUCUCAGUAAUGACUUUCAAAGGAUGAAGUAAAGGGGCCCUGGCCAGCCUCCCGUAGCGAAUUGCUGCUCUGGGUAGGAGAGUCCCUCUGUGCUAACACCAGGACGAGGGGGGAGCGGGUUCUCCUUGUGAAUGGUUCAUUUGAGGUUGUCUCCUGCUGCCCCAUUGCUGGGAGCGAGGCGGGGGCUUUGCCCUGGGUAGGUGAGGGGUCUCUCUUAGCCUGGGGGAAGCAUGGAGACGGGGUAUGCCUGUCAUAAACCAAAGGGCGCUUGUCUUGCAAGGGAGCUCGUGAGCCGUUCCCACCAGCGACCGGCUUGCUGGGCGGUCAAGGCUGGGCUUGGAUUUCUGUUACACUGGUUUUGCUUUUGAAGCUGGGGUCUCCCUCUGUCAUAUCUCGGGCUCCACCUUGUCUUGCUGCUUUUCCGCCAGCCAGCCAGCCAGCCAUUGUGCUCCCGAGCACUGUGUUUGUGAACUCUCCCCUGCCCCGGGCGGCGCUUCCCCUUUGAAAUACUGUAAGCUUAAUACUGGACCAUUAAAGUGUCCGUGGCAGGAGCUGCCGUUGGGUUUAGUCCCAGCUCCUGCGGGAAGUUCCCUCAGGCUCCAUGGCUUGUGUGCUGAAUCCCUUGGGUGGGCGUGGGGAUCUGGGGUUUAAAACCCCACGGCAGAUGUAAUGGCACAUUCGCAUUUCAAACCAAGCCACAUACCGGGCAGGAAAGUCCAGGUCGGCUGAGCCGCAACCUGAGCCGGGAUAACGUGCCAAAGCAGCUUUCCCUCGAGGGGGCCGGUUCGAAUCUGGCCCCGAGAGGUCCAGACCAAGGGUCAAAUUUUCAAGAGUGCCGAAGCGACAAGCUCCAAAGGCCUGUUGAAAGCCAAUAGGAUCUGGGCUCCUAAAUCACCUAGUGCUCUGAAUGUUAACCGCCUCUGGCUCUUGUCUGGCCCCUUUGGGGCUCCUGUCCACCGCUGGCGCUAAUGGCCCUCAGCAGGCUGAGAGGGGCUCGCCCUGGACAGAAUCUGUCUAGCUGGAGCAAUUGGCAGCCAUCGCUGACUCUGGCCCACGGCUGCAGGGUUGGAUUUGAGGUGGUGACAGUGGCGUAAAGCCUCCUUGAGCAGCCAGAGCCUAUCUGCUUUGUCCUCAUGCCGCCCCUGGCCUGCACCCCUUCCCCAUCCCUCUCGCCUCCUCUGGCAGCAGCGAUCGCUGGCCCCCGCGUACAGCUCAGCUGGGCUACGGCCCUGGUCUCUCUCUCCUAAUCUUGGCCCAAAACAUUGCACGGCCCACACGGCCCUCCUGCUGUAACUGCCAAACCAGUGAUACUCAAUAGGCGGCCCACGGGCCAAAUGUGGCCCCCCUGGGCUUCCCGUGUGGCCCCCCAGCUCACCUUACAAAAUGUGUGUAAUUAAAUUCACAAUCUGUGAUGUGCUGACAUAGCAAGCGAUUUACCCAGCCUGAAUUUCUGGCAAGAGUGUCUUGUAAGACAGUGCACGGCUGCUGCCCGUUUUCUCGUUAGUGAUGGAAACGGAGCCACAAACGAAUGCGGCUGGGCGUAAACGUCACCAAGUCGGCAGCGGAAAUUGAGCUUUUAACCCGAACUGGACAGGGGGUUUUCUCUUUAUUACGCUGGCUUGUCUAAAGCUGAAACCUGUGUGUUUAACAUGCCGAACCGCUGUAUCUGUCUGUCUGGAAGGUCGCCACUUUGAAUCAGGGCAACGUGGACGCGGCCUGUCCUUCCGGCAGUGUCGUAAGACAUGAGAAAAUGGAAAAUCUGCAGGCUUUGGAUUGCACUUCAAAUGUCCUUCACACCCCAUCAGCAACUGCAGGGAAAAGCAGCAGCUGCUUCUCUUCGGAGAAUGUGGGAACUCGCGCAAAAGAAAAGGCCUUUCCUGGCUGCCGAGCUUGGGCAGGCGUGCACGCUGGACAUGCGGGGAGCCUUUUGCUGGAGGUAAAAACACAGGUGACCUUGUGAACCGUAUGAAGCAGGUUCCUCUGUCUGAUGCCACGGCAGUGCGAAGACGUGGGGUAAUUUGAGGAUUGUUUGUCAGCACUGCUUUCCGAUUUACAAAAUGCCAAACACCCGUCUCUGGCUGUGGAUGAACUGAGCGGUUGAAGUGCCACUGCCCGGCUAUUGCUGUUUGCUAGAAUUUGUGAUGGGGAAAUUUUCAAGGAAGAAUUUUUGUGCUGAAACCUACCCCACAGGAGAGAGUGUUUUUGAAAAGGUAAAAGGCUUUUUUGGGAGGGAAAAAACCCAACUUUCUGCAGAGCUAAACCAAACUGUCUUGUACAGACAGAGGGCCCCCCGUGACACAGAGAGAGAGAGAGAGAGAGAAGGGUGUUGCCCCAUGUUUUACAGCAUUACACCUUUCUUUAAAUACACUUCACUGCAUCGUUCACCAGACUGUCCUAUGCGGUGAGUUGUGUGGGGACUUGGAAAAAAACAAGUUACAGUAGAACCUCAGAGUUACUAACUGACCAGCCAGCCGCACGCCUUGUGAGGAACCGAAAAUACACAAUCAGACAGACACACAAAAGCAAAUACAGGACAGUGCUGUGUUAAAAGUAAAUUACUAAAACAAUACAGAGAAGAAGCAUUUUUCUCCUGUAUAGUGAAGUUUCAAAGCUCCAUUAAGUUGAUGUUCAAUUGUAAAUUUUUGAAAGAACCGUAAUGAUUUGUUCAGCGUUACGAACAGCCUCCAUUCCUGCGGGGUUCGUAACGAGAUUCUGUUGUACUGUGACGAGAUCAGCAACCUCCAUAUGCUCAGCUUCUAGCUUGCAGCAUUGUCUUUUCCAAGCUGUCUUACCAGACCUUUCAGCCGAAUAUGGGGAUCUCUUGCAGCCCGGCAGCAUUCGCUCGUGAAUAGAAGGCGUGUGGGGGAGCGGUUUUGUGCCCUUUAGGAAGAAAUAAUGGACUUUCUUUCCAACCACAAGCCCAACAAGGCUUGUGAGGCCCUGGAAUUUACAAACUCUGUCCCAGGUAGCUUCUCUGUAUGAUAUGACUGGUCACUCGAAUUCCCGCCGCGGAGCUCUUUGAAGAAGUGUGUGCCUUUCCGAGCGACUUAAAAGGAUGUUUCACUUCCCCACAUUGUGUGUUGUUGCGACAGGUGAUGGUCAGAUGAAGACAAGGCAAGAAUUCCUAAAUCACCUGAGCAAGAAUUAAAAUCCCAGAAUUCACCAUCCGUUUGUCUGUGCCCGAGAGACCUCACCCUUAUCAAGCAAAGAACAUUCUUGAGUCAGUUGACGAUUGUAAGGCUCCAGCGCUCAGAUGUCUUGGCAAAAUUCAGAGCAGUGGGUCUUGGUGAUAGCAGAAGAACGGCCAGACCGGGUCAGACCAAAGGUCCAUCUAGCCCAGUGUCCUGUCUUACCACAGUGGCCAGUGCCAGGUGCCCCAGAGGGAACGAACAGAACAGGGAAUCACCAAGUGAUCCAUCCCCCGUCAUCUAUUCCCAGCUUUCUGAGCUUAAUAUGCUGACCAGGUUUGGGAUGGACGGCUAGAUUCAGGCAAACUUUUAACUUUGUUCGGACCAAUGUCCCUCUGCCAACCUGGGUUUUCCACCAGGAAUAUUGUGAAAAACUCAACAUCCCAAUUGCCUGCCGGAUGAGCAUCUUCACUGGGGCAUCCGCCGUGCCCUGACUGCUCACAAAGCUUGCCCAAGAUCACCGCUGUCCCCUCUCCAGUUCUCGAGGGACACACCUGGAGGCUAAUGUCCAUUUACAAACUUUGUCAGACAAUAGAAAUGCUCCUACUUCCAUUGUCAAUCAAGGCCUUUAUUUACAAGCAGCUAAAAUUGUUCUUUCAUUUUAUUUGGUCAGCCGUGCGUGCCUACGGCCCAUGUCUUGUCCUGAAAUUCUCAGAUCCAGCCCGUGGGUAGAGCGAAUUGAGUAUCACUGGUGAGGCCCCUUCAGUGUCCUGUGUGGGCUGGGACUAGUGCUGUGCGUGGUGGGGGGACCGGACCGGGAGUCCAGCACAUCCAUCUUGAGCCAGUCACCUUCACCGCCCCCCUUAAUGUGGCUCCAGAGAGCCUUGGGGUAUCUCUGUCCCUUUGAAAGGCUCCUGCCUGAGUGGGGAGGGGAGCACAGAUCGGGCCACUGUUCGGAGCGGGGGGCGACCCCCAGCUGGGUGGCUACGUGAGCUCCGGCCCAAUGAGGCGAGGGGGCGGGACGGGUUUGUCUGUUGUGUUCUUAUGCCUAAGCUGUUGUUUACUGGGGGGGAGGACAGGAGGCUGCUGCCUUUGUGGCUUGCCUCGCACUCGGCUCUUGCCUGGCCUGGCCCGGGGCAUGGGCGGGAGGACACAAGCGCGGCCCCGUCCGAUUCCUCCUGAAGCUGGGGCAGGGUGGGGAGAAAUGGUUGGAUCCAAACUGGUUUAUAAUUCACACCCGGUGAAAUUUCUUCUCUUUAAAAGAAAAAUCCCUCCAACUUCAGGCUGUGACAGUGUGACUCGUACAUAAAGUAUUAACGUUUUCCA